AUGGAAGUAAAGGAAGAAAACAUAUUUAAUAAUCUAUUAUGCCAUUCGUGUUUGAGCGUGGGCAGAUAUCUUUACAAAAUUACAAAUGAAAAACUAUUAAGAUAUUAUUUGGAUGCACUAGACGAAAUUCCCCUAAGCAAGUCAAAGCAGUUCGUCCACAUUACAGUCUGCUGGGAAUGUAAAGCUAUUUUACAAAAAUCCUGGUCGUUCAGGGAACAAGCCAAGGAUAGCUAUAGAAUACUAUUAGCAUACACUAAUGAGAAUCUCAAGGAGUGCUUGUUCAGCGAUGUCUCACGUCCACCUCACCUGCAAAUACAGCAGAUUGAGUCUAUCAAUAUUAAUCCUGGAGAAAAUCAGGAGCAGAAUCUAUUACCAACUGUUGAUGUGAAGGAUGAAUCAAAUAAUGGUCUGGUUGACUUAAAAGAAGACUUAAGAGAAGGCAGCCGAAGAACUAAUGACUUGAAAGAAGACAGUCUACCAGACGCCUUUGAUGACUGUCUCUCUGACAGAUUAGACUAUGGCAAUGAAGAAAUUAAAACAAAAGUAAAGGCUGAUACAUGGUCUAAUAAAAAAGGAGACAGAGAAAGUAAAAGGCCUGCAAAAAGCAAAUCAAAGAGAACUAAGAAGAAUGUCAAGAGAUUCGAAGAGAAAAAACAUGUGAAGAAGUGUCUCUUCAGCGAUAUAAUUGUACCGGAGGCAGGUCAGCAUCAGACACACACUGUUAGCGUAAAGGAUGAAUUAAGCAACUGCUGGGAGGACAUUAAAGAUGAAUUUAAAGAAGACAGCCGAAGUGCCAAAUAUAUGAAAGAGGAAGAAAGUCUACCAGACGGCUUCGACAGUGACUGUCUUUCAGAAGCCGGGGACAAUAGUAAUGAUGAAUUGAAAACAAAACUAGAAACUGUCUUAUGCUCAGAUAAAGGAGACGAUAAAGAAAUUGGAAGAAAUAAAAAUAAGAGAACUAAGAAGAUUGUAAAAAGGAUAGACAAGAAGAAACCAAAAUUUAAAAAUAUAUUUCAGAAAGUUGUAACAAUAGAAUUGUCCUACGAUGAUAUGUUAUUAGAGAGAGAGAAAGACUCGAAAAGAGAUACUUACGUGAAGGCGGAAUUUAAAUGUGAGACCUGUCUUCUCGGAUUCAAUUAUAAGAAGACUUAUCAAGCUCAUUUGAAAAGUAAACAUUCUCCGACAUUGGGAGAAUACAUUUGUCCAAUAUGUAAAACAAUAAUAUCUUCGGUGGACUCCUUCACCGCGCACUACAAGAGGCACACUAGGAGGUACGAGUGUAUAAUAUGUCACAAGCGUACCACAGAUCUGAAGGUGAUGGAGCAGCACUACUAUUCGAACCACGAAAUAUCUCUCAAGAAAUACACAUGCAAUAUAUGCGGGAAAAUAUCUAAAUCUCACAACCCGGGGGUGCAGUGCACAGAAUGCGAAAAAAGUUUUAGGCAUAGAGCCGGACUUAUGAACCAUAGACUUGCAGUCCACGAGUUCCAAAACGCGUUUCCUUGCACGGUCUGCGACAAGGUGUUCAGGUGGAAGACCAGCUUGAAGAGGCACCUCCAGAAGCACGAGGCUAAGAACAAGUCGAACGUGCCAGCGGAGCCGUUCUGUACGAUGUGCAAUAUCAGCUUCUCGUCCAUAUGUUCGUACCAACGCCACAUGAGGAACAGCCUCAAACAUGUUACCCAAGACCAGCUCAGGUUCAUAUGUGACCACUGCAACCGGCGGUUCUCUGACAAGACCAAACUUCGCGACCAUAUUGAGGAGAAACAUCUGCACAAGACAUAUCAGUGUCAUAUAUGUUCUAAGCCGUCUAAGAACCGCGUGGGGCUGGACCAGCACAUCCGCAACGUGCACAUGGGCCGGCCGAAGAACAAAAUGUGCCACUACUGUGGCCGGGGAUUUCCCACCAAGAUGCAGCUGGAGUCCCACAUCCGGACCCACACGGGCGAGAGGCCGUUCAUCUGCGAGUUCUGCCCCACCACCUUCUCGCAGCAGAGCAACUUGUACAAGCACAAUCGACAGGUCCAUCUGAACAUCAAAACGAAACGGUACCCACUGUGCAAGAAGCGAAAAGAAGACGAAUCCGACCAGACCUCCAAAGUUCCUGUAUUAGACACCCAAGCUGUUAUAGAAGAGCCCUACAGACCUAUAGUUCUGCAAUAUUCUCCUGGAAGGGAGUUCGUUCUGUAA